AUGUCAGGUCAACUCUCAAACAUGCUUAAAGAACACAGUAAGAAGCAGCAUUUGCGAAAAGAAAUGCAAGAAAAGUUGAAGAACGAAGCGAUUGUCGCUGCACAGACGUUGUCAACUGCAGUAAUCGAUCACUUAAAUGCAAAAGUUUCUCAAGCAUACGUUAAUCAAAAACGUCUCGAUGUUGAGGCAAAACGCUUUGAAAACAAUGCAGCAGCCCUGGCAAAACAGACUGAGCAAUGGUUAUUUAUAACAGAAGGACUUAAUUAUGCUUUAAAGGAAAUUGGAGAUGUAGAAAGUUGGUCGAAAGCGAUUGAUAACGAUAUGAACAUAAUAACAGAAACACUUCGAAGAGCUUACGAAGCUAAGAAUCUGCCAGCUGCCGUCGCCGAUCCAACAGAAUCUCCAAAGAAAACAACAAAAUAA